AUGGUUACACUAACUUCUUCCCGCUUUGUGGGAUUGAAAAUUGAAGACGAUGAAGAUGAGUAUCGAAAACCGAAGCAAAAAUCGAAACCGGCCGCAUCGGGUGCCAAGCAACAGCAGCAAUCGGUAAAAAAUGGUGUCGCUGGUUCCAAACAAACGGCCCAACAGCAGCAAAAGAAACAGAAACCGAAAGCACCGAAGAACAAAACACUGAACGAGGCGGAUCAAAAAGAGCAAUGGUCCCAGUGGCAGCAAAAGGAUUCGGAGCUGCUGGAAAAGAGCUACAUGACCGAUCUCGAACAGGCCCUGUUGCAGUCGAAGCUGGACUUUGAGGCGAACAAAACUAGGUACGAGGAAGCGGAAAAGACCGAAGCCUACAAGCAGCAGCUCGCGGGCAAAUCGAAGAAGGCGAAAACUUUUUCGCUGCACGAGUUCCAGGAGAAGGUCGAGAAGGGCAUAAAGCAAAAGGAGCAGCAACGACAGCGACGGCAGGCCGAAGAGGAGUACAACAAAAGCUACACCUUUUUCGAACAAAUCAUCAACAAAGAACAGAUGAAGGAACUGUUUCAAACCAAAGCCCUUUCGGGCGUUACCAAGAACGGUAAGGAGGCAUUUUCACCCGUUCGCAACCGGUUGAAGUCAAGACAAAUGGCAAUGGCUCCAUUCGACGGCUGGUAG